GAUUAGCAACGAAAACUGCGUUUCGUUACUAAUAAUUAGCGCGAAUUUUUGGCGCCUUAAAUUUCACUACAGAUUUAGCAACAGAAGAGGCGCGACAAAUUUUAUUUUUAAUUAGCGACGGAUUCAGCAACGAAAUAUCCGUCGCUAGGCCUUUAAUUUUUCUACAAAAAAAAAUAUAUUUGCAGCAACGGAAUAUUUUGUCGCAAUAUUAAUUAUUAAAAGAAAUGAAUGUAUUAUUUAGCGACGGAAUAUAAAAUCCGUCGCUAUUCCGUCGUUAAAUGUAAAAAAAAAAAAAGAUAUCUCCUAGCUAGGGUACACAUUAUUUCAUUUCCAAACACAGCAGCCAACACGGAUAGAGAGAUAGACUGUGCGAAAAUGCUAACAUAGAGAGAGAGAGAGCACAACAUAGAUCAAAAUAAUGUGAAUCUAGGGUUUCUAUUGUGUUUUUCUCUUCUUCUACUGCAACUUUUAUCUAAAGGAAAGCAUUUCUCAUUAGCAAAAUGUAUCGUUUUGUAGCAAAUCUUGCUUCCAAAGCCAGAGUGGCAAGAACCAACACCCAACAAAUUGGUGGAAGGUUAAAUUGGAGUAGAAGUUAUGCUGCAAAGGAUAUUAGAUUUGGUGUUGAAGCUCGAGCUGCAAUGCUUCAAGGUAUUGAAGAACUUGCUGAUGCUGUUAAAGUCACUAUGGGUCCAAAGGUGAAUUUUUUAUCAACCCCAUUAGUCAAUACACUCUGUUUGUUACAUAGAUUGUUUAUAUAUUUAUAUGUAAACAAUUCAACCCCAUUAGUGAAUACACACUGUUUGUUACAUAGAUUGUUCAUAUAUUUAUAUGUAAACAAUGUUUAGUAUAAAAUAUUGUGACUUAUAGUACUUGAAAUGUUACUGCAUCUUUAGAAGCUGAAAUAAGUGUCAGGUUGCUGAUUGUUUUUUAGGCAAGCAACUGCUAUAGUGGAGACAUAUUUUGUGCCUUACUUUGCUAUUUGAUGAACUGCUACUACAUUUGAAUGAGUUUUGUAUCUGCACUUUGAGAGUUGUUUACUGUGUUUGAAUGAUUGCAUUUACAACAAACAUAUGUGGUCUUUGAGAUAGAAACUCCUAUACUUGAUUGGUGCCUACUUUUGCCAAACAAGAAUUGAUGCUACAUUGCGAAAAUCCUAAAUAAAAAUUGCUGCACUUUUAGUCAUUUUGCUGUUGUAUGUUGGGGUAAAACUGUUGCUCUUAAUAUAUAGUUGUGCAUUUGAUAGAAGCUGUUACACUUGACAUGAUUGUUGUCUUUUAGAAGGCAAAGAAAUGACUGCAUUUUGUUAAAACACAGAAGAUGAUAUACUUUUUUUAAAUGACAUUUAUUGAGACUGCAAGAUCUGCGUAGUUCCUAGAUCUCCUUCCGUCAUUUUGUUAUUAAAAUGUUCAUGCUGUAUUGUGGAGAACUAGUACGAUUACUUGAGAUAAGACGAUUACUCAUGUCAAAAUUCAAUUAUUAUUGACAAAACGGUGAGAAUGAUUUCUGCUGAGUCUAUUUGGGGCGUUUCGGCAGUUCUUGCUCUUUUUGUAUUGUAGCUAUGUGUGCAGGCAUAGAUUGACAUCAUGCCAAGUUUAUGUUUCUGUGCUUUACUGAUUCUACUUGCGGAGUAUAAUAUGCCCUUUGCUAUUUGGUGAUUUGUAACACUAUGAAGUUGUAGUUGCAAGACUAUAGCAGCCAACCGAUAAUUAAUGAUUCUAGCACUUUCUUGUUGGAUAGGUGGUGUGGAGUAUUAUUUGCUCCCUUGGAAUAUGGAAACUGAAGCUUCUUUUGGUA